UGUUCCCGUCAACGGCAAUGAAUGGACAUGGAAUUUACGUCGUAACCUGCAAAUUUCUCGACCAAUUUUCAUGAGGGUUACUAUUUUUAAACGCCAAAGCAUAUGCUUUCAAUACAAUACAUUCUAUUUUUUUUAUAUAUUUAUUUAUUUUUACAACGUUAAAAGCCAAUCGCAGUUCCCUCUUUGUAAUUGUUUAGUUUUAGCCAACCGUAUGCGGUACAAUGUACCGGCGUCUUUGGUAUUUUUAGUUUUCUUGCUGUCCACACAUAUGGCGUGAAUUGACGACUUUGACCUCCCUAGCUUAGCGUUGCCUUCAGCACCCAGCUCAAAAUGGUCGCGUCGUAUCUACCUAUACAUAUCUGUACUCACUUCAGCCUACUUCCGUCCGGGUUUCGCCGGUGUCUCUUGUGAAAAUUUCAAAGUCGUUUGUCACGGCGGAGGUGGUGGGACCUGACACAACAUGUCCGCGGCGGCUUUGAAAUGUCUUUGCUGCGGCUCUUCCAGCGUUGUAGAGGAGGACCAUUACACUCAACGUCAGAUGGUGUGUGUGGACUGUGGCGCUGUGGUGUCCGAAGGGGCUCUCACUCACGAUACUUUCGAGGGCACAGAUAUCAGCUACAGCCGCACAACAGCUGUGUCUAAAAAGCCAUGUUUAAACCAGAGGAAAGGCCAGCAGCAACUAACAGCCCUCUGCAGAGUCCUGCGGGUCAACAGUGAAAUCGAGAGGAUAGCGAGCGAGUAUUUCACGCAGGCUUAUGAGCACGAGAGCUUCCUCAAGGUGAGCCUGCAGAAGAAGGAGACUCUGGUUGGCUGCUGCGUGCUGGUGAGCUGCAGGCAGCUCAACUGGCCCGUCAGCAUGUGCACCAUCGCAUGCCUGCUGGAGGCCGACAUGGCGAUGGUGGGCGGCGUUUACCAUGAGAUGAUAAAAGUUCUCCAGCUCGAAGUGCCGCACAUCAGCGUUAGCGACGUGAUGGAGUCUCAUUGUAAAGAGUACAAAAUUAGCUCCCUCGACGUGCCCGAAGGCCUUGCCGAGGACCACAGGGACAUACAAGAACGAGCCUUGUCCCUGGUAGAGCUGGCCGCCGACUCCUGGAUCGUGACCGGACGCAGGCCUGUGCCCUUAAUGAUGGCGACGGUCUACUUGGCCUGGCAGUCUCUAAAACCCAACCUUGUUCGCCUCAAUAUGUCCCUGCCAAAAUUCUGUCGUAUCGCCAAGGUGAGACAGAACCAGACUGCCGCCAAGAGAGUGGGCGAGAUCAAGAGUGUGCUUUGCAAACUGGGUAAGGAGAUCCCUUGGGUGACGGAUCCUGUUACGUCGGGCAAUGUGGUCAGGUACGUGGAGGAUAUUGUCAAGAACAGAUACGCGUUACUACGGAGGGCUUUGAGGAGCCACGAGGAGGCCAUGCGGGAGGAAAGUCAACUCUGCUGUGAAGAGGCAAAUCCCUCUGAGCCCGAAGAUCAGACUUUACGCGCAACCAGUCGAAAUUCUGAGAAGUCUAAACAGCCAGGAGAGGGUAGAGAGUUCAAGGCUCAUCAAGAUCUAGAACCCAACUGGGGUAAGAGGAUGGUUUUCGCGCCACCGUGUGUGAUUCACGCUAAGCGACGGAGAGCGGCGGCAGAAAGACUCGAAGGCAUAACCGGUGACGAGGAGAUUUCGGACAGCGAAAUUGACUCCUACAUCCGUACCCCGCAGGAGGCCAGGGAAUUUGCUGUGGCUCAGAAGGCUUGGGUGUCACAGAGCGACCAGGCCGAAUGCGAAUAAUGAAAAAUGGAGCUACUGUACUUCUGCAAUUAUGCACUUGCAAUUAUAACUGUUCUAAAUCACACAAGAGAAGGUUCUAUUUUCUUUUGACAAUUUUCCUUAUCUGACUGCAAUUAUAUUGUUCAUUAAAAGUUUUUAUCGGAAGAUGCUGAGGAUUUGUGAUGUGCACAAAUACAUAUUAUAGUCACAUCACAAAACACCCCACAUUCAAUUCUAGACUCUGUGCUUUCCUCUUCCCUUUCUGCCG